AAGAAGUAGUACGUUUAUUACAAAAUGGAUUUAUAUACUACGAAAUUAAUAUUGAAUUGAUGAUGGAAGGUUCCAUUAAACUCAAACGAUAUACCUCCCAGUGUUUCAACUUUCGGUUGGUUCCAUUCAAUAAGCCAAGCAAAUUAGUCAUACUAAACAAUAAUAUUAUCACUUAAUCAAAAUUACUAAUUGAAGUCAAAGAAGUCAAAUAUCAAUUGAUGAGCCAUUUCUGAACCGAGGUUGUAGUAUGAUUUAAAACACACAAAUUUAUCAAAUUUGGCGCGAAAGUGAAAAGAUGAGACAAUCUUAAGUGGGAUUACAUGAUACUACUCAUGGUCGCCUAUGAGGUCGGCAAGCCCCGUACAAGGAUGCAAAGAUAUCAGUAUUUACUAUUAAUCACAUGCACGCAAUCUGCAGCUGUAUAGUGCCCCUGAACCCAGUCUUGGAAAGGAGGAAGAGGAUCAACACAUUACAAUACAAAGGGCAGUCUUCAAUGAAGAAAGAGGGCGCAUGCCGCCCAUGUGUUUGAUGAAAGGUGUGGGAAGGUUUUAUGAGCAUUUAGUGCUACUCCCAACUACCUCCAUGCCCAAUCUAGCUACCUUCCUAUGCCCUACCCCCUCCCUCUCUAUAAUUAUGCCUUCCCUGCCCUGCGCUCCACUCCACUAACUCCCCACACGUCUCUCUUUUCUCUCUUCAAUUUUGUCAGUUCUGUAGGUUGUCCUGUUGCUAGGCAAGGUAAGUCAAGUCAAAGCCGCUGAUAUAUACACAUUAGUAUAUAACAUUGUCAUCUGUAUAUCAGGAAUUGAAAGAAUAUACAUAUUGUAAGAUAUAGUUGAAAUAUCAAUUUCAUGAUGAUGGAGGGCAAAGCAACUGUUACUUACCAAACAAACGCGGUCUUCUCCCCCAACAAUGCUGUGGGUAUGGCGGAUGGUAAUGCUGGCAGUUCUUCACAGGAGGACGAGAGAGGAAGCGCCGCCGCGGGGUUCCGCAGGGCGGAGACUCUGCUCCGCCUCUUUCCGAUGGCUCUGUGUGUGGUGGCGCUGGUUUUGAUGCUCAAGAACUCCCAAAGUAACACGGACUUUGGCUCCAUUUCUUAUUCUGACGUUGUGCCCUUUAAGUAUUUGGUGCACGCAAAUGGAAUAUGUGCGGGUUAUUCACUUCUAUCAGCCGUGGUUGCAGCCAUACCAAGGCCCUUCAGUAUGCCUCGUGCUUGGACCUUCUUCCUCCUUGAUCAGCUCCUUACAUACGUGGUACUAGCGGCUGGAGCAGUGGCAACUGAGGUGGUUUACCUGGACUACAAAGGGGACAGCGCCACCACAUGGAGUGAAAGUUGUGGGACGUUUGGCGGGUUUUGCCACAAGGCCACCACAUCCGUUGCGAUCACAUUCACUGUCAGCCUAUCUUAUGUCGCCAUUUCGCUCAUUUCUUCCUACAGACUCUUCAGCAAGUAUGAUGCUCCUGUUGUCUUGCACAAUAGCAAGGGCAUUGAAAUUCCCGCUUUCUGAUCGGAAGCUGAUAAGGCCGGCCAGCUUUGGUCAUCUGUCAUCUUAUACAUACACUUCAGUGUAUGCAUGUUUUGCAUUUGGCUUAGCUUAGAUACUUAACUAGCUGGUACGACACAAUGUUUAAAUAGUCGAAAAGUAUGUCACCCUUCAAGUUAUCAGAAUACUUUUUCCCUGUUUGUGCAUGGGGUGGGGCCGUGGGGGUUCAAGAGAAAUAGUCAAAAGUAUGUAACCAUGCUGUGUUGUUGUCAUAAUCUUGUCUUAAGAGACUGCAAAUAUUAUAACAUUUUGAUUACAUAUAUAACAAUUGCUGUUGUAUGUUGUACGUUUUUGUACUUGGUUGUGAGAAGGAUAUAUCUAUAUAUAUGUGAAAUAGUCGUAG